GGAGAUAGCCCACAAUGGCUGAAAAUGGUGAUACUGAAAAAAUAGCUGCCCUGAAAGCCAAAAUCUGUCAUCAGAUUGAGUAUUAUUUUGGUGACUUCAAUUUGCCUCUGGACAAAUUUUUAAAGGAACAGAUCAAACUAGACGAAGGCUGGGUGCCUUUGGAGAUAAUGAUAAAAUUCAACAGGUUAAAUCGUCUAACAACAGAUUUUAAUGUAAUAGUUGAAGCAUUGAACAAAUCUAAGGCAGAACAAAUGGAAAUAAGUGAAGACAAAACUAAAAUUCAAAGAUCUCCAAACAAAUCCCUCCCUGAAUUAACUGAUGAAUGUAAAAGUGAUGUAAAAAACAGAUCUGUUUACAUUAAAGGUUUCCCAACUGAUGCAACCCUUGAUCACAUAAAAGAAUGAUUAGAAAAUAAAGGUCAAGUACUAAAUAUUCAAAUGAGAACACUGCAUAAAGCAUUUAAGGGAUCAAUAUUUGCUGUGUUUCAUUGCAUUGACUCUGCCAAGAAAUUUGUUGAGAUCCCUGGCCAGAAAUACAAAGAUACAGACCUGCUAAUUCUUUUCAAGGAAGAUUACUUUGCAAAAAAAAUGAAGAAAGAAAGCAAAAUAAAGUCGAAGACAAAUUAUGAGCUAAACAAGAGCAAAAAGAAAAACAAAAGUUAGCAGAAAAUGCUGAGAUGAAAU